AUGCUUUGUUUUUUAGAAUUAAGUCAAUAUCAAUCAGAGAUGGGCAGUGCUGGAUCGAAACGUCGAGCAGAACGUGACGAACAUGGUCUGAUACAAACUUUAGACGAUCAUGAAAGUGGAAUUAAUUGUAUGGCACUAAGUAGUGAUAGUACAGUACUUGCUACAGGUUCUGAUGAUCAUAGUAUACGAUUAUGGAGUACGAGAGCAACACCUAUCGAAUGUCUUAGUGUACUUUCUGGUCAUACGGAUUAUAUAACAUAUAUUGUUAUGCAUAAAAAUUAUUUGAUUAGUGCAAGCGCCGAUCAAACAAUGAGAAAAUGGGACAUGACUACUGGACAAUGCAUUUUUGUUUGUACCGGUCACACAUCGUUAGUUUAUCGAAUUGUUUGCAUUGGAGACUUUCUUCUUUCAACAUCAUAUGAUCGAACAGCACGUUGUUGGGAUUUCUAUACGGGCGAUUGUAUACGUGUAUUUGUUGGUCAUUCUCAUGGUAUAUUACCAAUAUUAUUUAUUUCCUCGAAUCAGGAUACUACGGAAAAUGAUUUUGAAAAUGAAAUGGAUAUUUAUACCAAAGAUAUUCUUAUAACAGGCUCACAAGAUACAACCGCUAAAACAUGGUCGUUUGAAACUGGUGAAUGUUUAAAAACAUUCGAAGGUCACAUUGGAGCAAUACUUUGUUUGGCAACGGAUCCGUCCGGAAAAAUUUUAUUCACUGGUUCAGGCGACGGAACUAUUCGAGUUUGGAGUAUUCAUCGUGGAACUGAAUUACGUAUUUAUGAUCAACAUCAAGCAGCCAUUAUUGACAUUCUCGUUACUAAUAAAUUACUGUAUUCAAUUAGUGCUGAUCAUACAGCACGUUGCUGGGUUAUUGAUGUUGGUGAUUGCACAAGAAUUUACAAAGGACAUCAUCAUUCAGUUUCAUGCAUUCUAGUCGAACAUGGUCUUGUUUUUACUGGCUGUGGUGAUGCUAUCGUACGAUGUUUUGAAGCACGUUCAGGUGUCAUUAAACGAUCUUUUAAAUCCCACGCACUUGCUAUCAAUUGUAUACAGAUCGUUGAUAAUCGACUAUUUAGUGGAUCUGUUGAUGGUUCAUUAAAAGUAUGGGAUAUAAGUGAUCUUAAAGGAGAAACUAGUCAAAAUCUUAAACCAAUAGUUAAAUCAAAAAUAGCAACAACAACAACAACAACAACAGCUACUAUUCGAGCUAAUAAAGAUAACCGAUCAGAUAUUCAAUCACGUAUCGAUGAUCGUGAAUAUCGUGAACGACGUGCGUUGGAUAUGGUGUGA